AUGAAUGAAUCAAUAUUAAAUCAUUUAUUUCUACCAUAUCAUUUACCGUCUACUGCUAACGAUGAUUUUUUGCUUGGAAACAAUAAUAAAAAUGAAUUUCUGCUACUCGAAUGCAUGGACGAAUUUCUUCGAAUCACUCAAUUAGUUGAUGGUGAUAAUUCCUUACGGAAUAUUCGAGUUCUUACAGAUUGUUUCAGUCGUUGGUCAGUUCGGCAAAACUCUCAAAAUAUCUCAAUACAAAAUAUACAAACUACCCUUGAAAAUUUACCAUCAGGUAGUUUUACACCACUCUACAUGCCGGCUCAAAAUGCAGCAAUUGUAAUCGAAAUCGAGUCAAAUAAUAUUUCGCGACCACUUCUUUCAUCCUGGCAAGUUUUAUUACCAGUGGAUGAAAUAACAUCUUCAGUUUUCUGUCACUAUUCAUCAUUUCCUGUGACUGAAUAUCGAUUAAAUGAAAUAUCAGAAUUAACGUCUAAAAUUAAUUGUGAAUUACUCGUUGAUUUCAUGAAAAAUACGAUCGAAUAUUUACCAUCCCAUAAUUUACCUAAAUCACAUUAUGUUUGUCAAUGGUGGAUUCAACAAUUCAAAGAUAUUCAACAAAACUCCAAUGGUAAUUCUUUAAUUCAAUUCAAGAAAAAACAUCGUGAUCAUAUUCAUUUAAAUAAAGAAGACGUACCUUUUCGACGUUCUGGUCUAUGGAUGACAAUGAAAACGGUUAUCGAAACUAUUUUAACAAAACAAUUCGGAGAACUUGGUAUUCUUAUUUACAAAUUGUUGAUUACUCAUUUUUUGAUUUACAUACUUGACACAAGACAAAAGUAUUCAAAACAGAGAGCAAUAUCUAUGGACUUAUCGAUUUAUUGCAUUCGAAAGAUUGUUCGUCGGAUGAAUAAGAUCGAGAAUAGAUUAGCUUUAAUUACGAUUGAUGACAACGAUGUCGAUAGAUGGAUUCGACAUAUCAAAAAAAUUAUUGAAAUAAAAAUUGAUGAAAUUUUUCCGAAAUCAUUUUGUCAAGAUAUAGUACAAACUACGAGUUCAGCGCAUCAAUUUUCUUCAUCGAGUGAUACAGAUUUUAAUAGCACCGCAAUAUAUCAACAUGCAUGUGUCCAAUUGAAAACAUUUCUCAAUGAUAACCGUUUAAAUAAACCGGUGGAAACACGUUCUAGUGAUGAUAAUACUGAUGACUUUUUCGAUAUCAAUUAUCCCGAUAAUAUACAAUUUUAUUCUGAAUUAAUGCACAAAAUGAGUUAUACGAUGGGAACAGCGUUGACACGAGUGGAAAUUUGGGUAACUUCACACUUACAGGAAUGGUUGGAUGAUCCCACACCACUAACAAGCGGAAUGAACCGGUUUGAACAUUUACGUGAAUUCUUUGAAGAUUACCAAAGUGGAGCAUUAAGCUAUUAUUGGCCUCAGAAAGGUUCAACUGAUCCUAUAGGUUAUUCACGAUUUAUUCUCACAUCAUUGACGAUUAUUCAUUGCAUGCACAAAAAACUAUGUGAAGAUCCAGGAUUCGAACGAUUAAAGAAUCAUACUGUUUCUAUUCCACAUCUAUUGAAACUAUUUAAAUAUUUAAUUUUACCAACUCGAGAAGAUAUGAUUCGUGCUCGUUAUUUAUAUGAUUAUUUUCGCGAAUUCAGUACAAAAACAUAUCCAGAUCUUCUUAGUAAAAUCAAUUCGACAGACGCAUUCGGCGUUGCUUAUGCUACGAGUAAUAAUUCCAUGGUUCAAAAUUUAUUAAAAAUACGAGCACAAGCUGAAGUAGACAGACGGGCAAAAGUUGAAGAAGUGAAUCAUGCGAAAUGGAAUUACAAAAAUUUAAUGAAAUCAAUUCGAAAUCUUUCUUGUAGUUGUCGUCAUAGUUUAAAAGAUAAACGAACUACAUGUGAGAAAUGUUCAGCACAAGAACAAGCCGAUAAUAUGCAAGUGGAUAUUUUUGAAUGCCCAAUUCCGGAAGAAGAUGUAGAUGCUCAAGCUGUUAUAUUUGAAUUACAAAUGCCAAUUGAAAUUAGAAGUUAUCGCGAUAUUCUUUGGCAAUUCAUUAACCGUCGUAAACCACAAUCUGACAGUAAAGUGCGAGAAUGGUCAACUAGUCGUUCAUAUUGUGAGAAACUAAGUUUAUACGAUACUGGUCCAGAUAUUCGUAGGGUUAAACUUAUAUCUGAUAGAGAAUCUUAUACAGAACAUAACUAUACAAGAAAAAUCUCAUGUACAGCAGUCGAUGGUUUUUUAGUGAAAAACAAUUUAACAGUGAACAUUUCUCCAACAGUACCUACCAAAUUCAGCGAUGAACAUAAGGUGUUAACACCUCAACUUACUCAUCCAGAUUAUAAACAACUACAAUUUACAUUAGAUACAACGAACGAUAUGCAAAAUGAAGUCAUUGCCAAACUGCCUCAAUGUCCACCACGUUUCAAACCAACGCAAUUUAUUGAAUAUGGUUCAUUUCGAUCUGGUCAUCGUUUACAAUGGCUAAACUUAUUAGCAGUUUUAGAGAUGGAUUCUUUAUCGAUUGCUGAAGAAAGUGUUGCGAUAUUAAUCCUACAUUCGAUAUUACAAUAUGGUCCAAUAGAAAAUUUUCCAAAAAAACAAAAUGAUUCUUGGUGUCCUGAAUCACAUCAACAAUUAUUGGAAGAUAACUUUGUUGAUGAAUUAGUUGUCAGAUUAAAUCAACAUCUUGAUAAUUGUGGAUUAAAUUGGCAAAAUGACUUAGUACUCGUUGUCAUAACAAUAGUUGCUAUGCGUCUAUUCACUAUUUGCAAUACAACAAAAGAAAGUCUACUUAUUGAUCUUGUUAUGAAAUGUCGACAAAUUGGUGAAAAGUGGAUUGAACGCAUUUCAGAAUACACUCAAACAAUGUCAUCAUCUGAUAUUAAAGAAACAGAAAAACUACGAUCGAAAAUGAUUACUAUCAGUAUUGCUUGUAUGUUCACAUUCUCAACUCAUCACGAACGGAUUAAUUGUCUAUUAGGAUCAGAUGAACAUAUCAUGUCUUUACUAAAAGUAGUAACUACACUUCAUGAUACUUGCCUAUUGAGUUUCGAUAAAUCGAUUAUAAGUACAUUUAUACAAAAUCUUAAAAGACAUAGUGAACGCAUCAUGAUUAUGAUACAACCAACUAUUACUCAGUUUCUGCAAGAUAGAGCAUUGAAUAUUUUAAAUCAAUUUGCUGUUUCGUACUGGACAGUCAUCAGAAGAACAGAUUAUAUGGGUGAGCUAUGGAAAAAGCAAAACACAGAUCCUUAUGAUGGAUUGUAUACUUGUCAAUAUCAGUCAAAAUGUUUAUCGAUCAAUCUGAUUACAGGAUCAUUUUUAGUAGAUGGUGUAACAGUUGGAUAUUUACCAGCAAAAAUUAUUUUACAUCCAUUAUUCGUACGUGUUUUCGGUUCUCAUGUUUUCGAAGUGCAAGCUUCUAAUAAACCUCAUACUUAUGUUACGAAGUACGCAUAUCAUGGCAAUAGACAAGUCGAUUAUGAGUUUACUUGUAAUGAAUCUAAUCAAAAUCUACUUAUUUACGAAACACACAAGGAAACAGGUGAUCGAUUCCAAUUAAUUCCACAUACUUGUUUUCUCACAGAUUUUCCAGACAAAUUCAUUUCUUAUUACAGUCACUGGAUGAAUAUAGCAAAUCAAACAAUCGACUUUCGACCGAUCAAAUUUAGCAAUGCUGACUUUUUAAAUGACAAGUCGUACACCUUUGACAUAGCAACAGGACAUCUUACGAGCACAGAUACUGAAAAUAAACAAAUAUUGAUCAAUCAAACGUCGAGAUUUUUCCUAAAUCUAUUCGAACAAUAUUUCAAUCGUCUUGAUGAUCAGGCAUAUAUCUAUAUGAUGCAACAGAUAACGGACAAAACGAAUGCCAUCGUUGAUAUCUAUCUGUCUCGUUUAGGAAUUGCAUUUCAAUAUGAUACUGUAAACAACAUAAUUGUAUCACGUGAAUAUGCUGAUAUGCGUGUCAGUGAAAAUCAACAUUUUGGAACAUUAACAGGCUUAACAUUUGGUUUACUUUUAGUACCUUUAUCUGCUAGUAAAAACAAAGAAGAUUAUUAUCCUUAUAGAAAAGUAAUAAUACCCUUCGGAACGGUAACUGCUCGAAGUCAAACAUCUGAUCAUCAAACUGUCAGUGUCGAACGAUUAUCUUCAAGAACUUCUCUGGAAUAUUUCGUUUUUAUAUUAAAUGAUCGAUUAAAAAUUCUUCAAUCAACAGAUAGUCCAACUGGUUGGCUUUACCUAGCAUUAUUACAUGCAAUGACAACUCAUCCUCUUCCCGAUCAAUAUAUUUGUAUGACAGGCAUGGAACGAGCUUUCCAAUUAUUAAAUUCAGCUGGUUGUUGGUCGGAUGAACCAUUUAAUAGUCUUUCUCUAAAAAUUUUAAUUCAAAUUGCACAGAUAACACCGAUAGUUCAUUAUUAUCCCAAAAAUCUUUCUUGUUCAAUCAAUAUAAGUUGGCACGCGAAUGGUCUACCGUAUUCUACUCAACAUUUUGGUUAUUAUUUUCUUGCAAAAGCAAUAAUAGAACAUAGUCAACAAUUGAAGUUCAUAUAUAAAUCAUCUUCAAACAACCAACGAAUGUUAAAAAUAUUCGAUGGAAAAACAUAUAAUGAAUCUUUAAUGAAAAAACUCUAUUGGGACUAUCGAGAUUCUUAUAAUCCACUAGCUCGUCUAUCUACAGAAAUGGAAGCGACCCUAUUACCAAAUCGUGCGACAAAGCCAUAUUGCUCAGAUUUAGAAUAUUGCUUACACAAAACAGAUUACACUUCUGUUGAUCUAACAGAUGAUUUAUACAAUAGUGGCAAUGUACAUCUACGAGAUUGUUCGAAUCAACACUGGUUGCCAUUGAAUCAAUGGUUAUCUGAAGAAAAUACAUUAAACAUCAUAUGGAUUGGUUUAUUAAAAAUGACCGAUUGUCUGAAAACAUCAACAAGCGCAGAUAAAGAUGAUAAUAUCAAACGAUUUGAAAAGAUGAUUGACUUUCUUCAUUAUAUUGCUGACAGAGUUUCAUUGAAUCCAUUUUAUUUACAAAUGUUGAAAACAGCAUUAAAAGAAAUACCCGAUACAAUAUCAUCGAUUCAUCCCUACCCACCAUUUAUCUAUUACUCAAAUAUCGAACACAUUGACGUACAAUCGUUUCAGUAUGAUCCGAAUUUAAUGUCUACAAAGGAAGUAAAACAGACUAAUAAAUUAUUAACAUAUUGGCAGAAUAAUAAAAAACUUCGAUUAUUUCUUGAAGAUGUUGAAAAUUCGAUUUCCUAUCCUAUGGAAGAAUUCAAUAUGCAAGUACAAUACAUUCCACAACAGUUCGAAAUCGAAUCUUUUGAUGAACAUUAUAAGGUACAAUUGAAACCUAUGGCGAAUGAUAUUAAUCCAAGACUAUUAUUGCAAGCAAAGGAAAAAUUUCAUCAGAUGUACACAGGUUAUUUCAAGAGACCAGCACGACUUGUUCAGACAUUCACUACUGAAAAGAAAGAUUCAUUUUUCGAUCAAUUUUUUCCUUCUAAUAACCAAGAUGAUAAUUCAUUAAUCGAUAUUGCUAAUUACUUUAAAAAUCAAUUGAAACAAAGUUGGCAAAAACUAUCGUCCGAAAUUCAUACUCAACAAGAAAGAUCAACAAAUGCUGAAAUAAACGAGUGUCUCAAUCAUUUACGUCAAGAAUCUAUAGAAAUUUGGCAAGAACUUAUCAAAUCUAUCACUCAGUCUAAUAUACAAAUAUUUCAAUGUGGUUUAGGAUUACGCAUAACUCCAACAACAUUGAUUUCUCUCUUUCAACAGAAUAAAAAACAAUUGAAUUUAACGAAUGAUGAACGUACAUUAUUAGGAGGUGUUCUUGUUUAUUGGACAUUGGAACAACAACUUGAACGAGCAUUAUAUUUUGAUACUCAUGAUAAAAUAGAAGAUUUAGAAAAAGAACUUUCAAAUAUUCCACAUUCAAAUUGGAUACCAUCUGAACAUAUAUCAUGGCUUAUUUUAGAACUCGAAAUGAAUAUAACCAUUCGAGAAAUGCAAAUUAAAGUUGCACGUCAUAUGAUGCAACCAAAUUCGAAUUUAAAUAAUCAAGAAAUACAAAAUAUAGUUAUGCAAAUGAAUAUGGGCGAAGGAAAAACAUCAGUGAUUUUACCUAUGUUAGCUGUUAGUUUACCAUCAUCGUCUUCUAAUUUAGUUCGAAUCAUCAUACUCAAAUCAUUAUUUCCUACAAACUAUCAAUCAUUACGUUGUAAAUUAGGAGGUCUAAUCAAUCGGCGUGUAUUUCCAUUUAUAUGCCGUCGAGAUUUGAAUUUUACUGAUGAACAAAUUCAAUCAAUUCAUUCUCGUUUACGAAAAGCUUUACUGAAUUGUGAUAUAAUGAUAACUUCACCUGAAGAUAUUCUUUCUUAUGAUCUACUUACUAUUGAUCAAUGUCGACGACAUUUUUUUGCAACAGGAAAAUCAAUGUUAGCAAUGCAACGAUGGUUGAAAACAUAUGCUCGUGAUGUCUUAGAUGAAUCCGAUGAGAUUUUACAUGUCAAAUAUCAGUUAGUUUAUACAGUGGGUAGUCAACGACAAGUUGAUGGUGGUGCUGAACGAUGGAAUACUAUUCAAUCAAUUUUAAAAUUAGUUAAACAACAUGCUGCUAAUAUUUCAAAUGAAUUUGACAAAGAUGUUUGUUAUAAACCAUCGGAACGAAAAAGUGCUUUCCCACAGUUUCGUUUACAGUCAUCGACACCAUUUCGAUCUCUAUGCGAAUAUAUAGUGAAAGACUGGCUUCGUACUAGAAACUAUCAUGAAAACGAUGAAGAGAGUAUUCUAACAUUUGUUAUGAACGUAGACGUUUCAAUUGAAAUAGUUAAAGAUAAAUUUCCUGCCAGUGAUAUUCAAUCACUUCUUAUCAUUCGAGGUCUGUUAUCAUCUGAAGUUCUUUUAGUUGCUUUAAAAAAACGAUAUCGAGUCAAUUAUGGUGCGAAUCGAAAGGAUAACUUUAAUCAUUUAAUGGCUGUACCUUAUCGUGCAAAGGAUGUCGUUGCUGAUAGAACUGAAUUUGGUCAUCCCGAUUUGGCUUUAGUUUUGACACAUCUAUCAUAUUAUUAUUCAGGUUUAAAUGAUGAACAACUAACUCGAGUUUUCGAUCGAUUAUCUGAAGAAGAAAAUAAUCCUGUAAUUAUUUAUGAUGAAUGGAUUACGUAUGAAGGAAUAGAUAAUUUACCAGCUACUAUCAAAGAAUGGAAAAGUGUUAAUCUAAAAGAUCAUCAACAAAGAACACGCGAUCUUUUUCCUAUAUUUCGAUACAAUAUAGUAGUAAUCAAUUAUUUCCUCAAUUAUUUUGUUUUUCCUCGUGAAGCUAAACAAUUUCCACAUAAAUUAGUUUCAUCACCUUGGGAUUUAUCGUCAUCAUUUUCACGAAGACAUAUUAUCACUGGAUUUAGUGGUACAAAUGAUACACAACUAUUAUUACCGAUUCAUAUUCGUCAAUUUGAUUUGCCUGAAUUACAAAAAACCGAUGCUAUUGUUGUCAAUAAUUUAUUACAAGUUGAAAAUGAGAAUUAUCAAUGUUUAGCUAUCAAUGCAUCAUCAACUGAAAUCUUAGAAAUUAUUAUGAAAAGUAAAACAUCUAUCAAUGUUAUUUUAGAUGUUGGUGCUUUGUUUAUUGACGGAAUGAAUAGAGAAAUCGCUUUGAAAUGGUUGAAUCUAUCCGAUAAAAAUAAGAUUGAUUAUGCAGUUUACUUUGAUUCGGAUUCAAUUGUUGUUUGUGAUCGUCAAUUGCGUCAAAGUCCAUUUGCAACAUCACCAGCUAGUGAACGAUUAGAACAUUGUAUUUUUUAUCUUGAUGAAAUUCAUACACGAGGAACUGAUUUUAAAUUUCCACGAGGAUUUCAAGCAGCCGUUACAUUAGGUGUUCAUCUAACAAAAGAUCGUUUUGUUCAAGCUUGUAUGAGAAUGAGAAAAUUAGGUAAUGGACAUUCAUUGGCAUUUUUCAGUUCACAUGAAGUUCAUCAACAAAUUAUUCAAUUGAAAAAGAAUGUCAACAAUAUUGAAGUAAUCGAUCUUCUUCGUUGGGUAUAUGAAAAUACUAUUGACUCAACGUGGAACGGAUUACACUACUGGGCUACUCAAAGUCUUAGUUUUCAACGAAAACUUGCUGCUUUUCGAGAAAUUCAAUGGAAUAAUCAAGAACAAGUAUUUGAUAAUGAAAUGAUGAAACAAUUAGCUCAAGAUAAUUUAGAACCAGAAAUUUUAGAUUUGAUUGAUAUGUAUGGAGAACGAAAGGUUCCUUCAACUUUGUAUGAUAUUCAUUCAGCUCGUUAUAAUGCGACUAACUAUAAUAUAACUGUGAAUAUUCGCGAUGAAGUUCUACAAAGAUUAAGAAAUUAUGGUGGCAAGAAAACACGUUUAGCACAGUUAUUAGAUGAAGAACAAGAACGAGAACUCGAACAAGAAUUAGAAGAAGAACGACAACUAGAGCGACCACCACCAGCUGAACCUUGUGAACGUAAACUACAUGACAUAAUCAAACAGUUGUGUAAUAAAAAUAUUCCAAUGAUCAAUUUAGAAGAUCAUCCUAUGGUAUUUCAACAUUUACCUUUUGCAUUAAUAGGCACUACAUUAGAAGAGGAUUGUCAACCAAAGAGUUGGUAUUCAAAUCUAUGGAUUUCCACCGAAUUUCAACGUGUUAUUGCUACAGAAGAUGCAUCAUUAAAUUCAUUUUUACGUCCACCACGUUGGAUUGUUGUCUAUCGAAAUCAACAUAUUAUUUUCGUUAGUUCUUACGAAGCCAAUUGGUUGUUGGGUCGAUUGUCAUUGAUCGACUCACCAAUCACUACUUUACGUUUAUUUUUGCCACGAAUCAAACGUAAUCAAUCAAUAUUUGUCAAUACAUUACCACUUACUAUUCCUCCGUCGAUCAAUGUUUCAAAUGAAAAUGAUAUUUAUCUCGUUCCACUGGAUCGUUUAGUCCAGUUAUUUCUCUUCAACGGUACUCUCUAUUUUGACAAUACUGAAGAACAAACAAUGUUUUGUCAAUGUUUGAGUUUAUGUCCAAAAAUUCGAAAUGAAAUCGAAGAGAACGCUUUUCAAUCCCAUAAAAUUGAUAUCGAUGGAUUUGUACAUUCUGAACAUCGCGAUGAAUUACAGAUUACCCAUGCUCGAUUAAAAGAAAAUCCAAUUGAUUUUGUAAAACAAAUUCUUGAAAUUCGAAAUAAUAUUUUUCCUACAACAACAUCACACGUUGGUAGUAUCAUUCUCAACGCUUUCAAACUUUUCUAA